AGAGAUGAAGAGAGUCUUGACCACGCCGUGGAAAAAGGAGCCGGAGGUCGUGUUUGAGGAUCUCGAAUGGACGCGGGUGAAGGUCGAACUUGAGGACCAUGACCGCAAAACGGCCAUCAAUGCCAUCGAAGAUGUCCUCGAAAAAGUACAGGAAGAUUGUGAUAAGCGACAUGUACUCUUCCUAAUCACCUACGUCGUCCAACAGGAACUUUUUAAAUCAAGGGAGAUAGACGUGCAGACAGUACAAAAAGUUGCAUCGUUUUACCCACGGUGCGUGGAGAUUGACGACGACGACAAGGACGAUUACAACUGGCUGACGGUGUAUGAUGAUUUUAAACUGUCAGCGGAUAAGGUGGGGGAUGCUGAUGAGGGUGAUGUUGCUGAUGCUGCGGAUCAGAGUGAUGUUACUGACGCUGCGGAUGAGGAUAUGGAGGUUGAUGAUGUUGAUGUUGAUGUUGAUGAUGAUGAUGUUGAUGAUGAUAUUGAUGAUGAUGUUAAUGAUGAUAUUGAUGAUGAUGUUGAUGAUGUUGAUGAUGAUAUUGAUGAUGUUGAUGAUGGUGAUGCUGCGGAUGAGGCUGGUAUUGCCGACCCUGCGGAUGAGGCUGGUAUUGCCGACGCUGCGGCUGAGGAUAAUGCGUUUUUAAAUUUUCUGAAAAAGAGAGAAAAGAGAGAAGCCAAGGAUUUUGAAGAAGCAGGGGUGAAUGAAUUGAAGCGACAGAGCACUAUUAUGGGUUGCAGUCUGAAAAAAGGCCAAGAGAAGGAGAUCCUCAGGGUACUGAUUGCAUUCUUUGCCAAACAAAAUUUCAGAAUUGUUGACGAGUAUAGGAUGGAAAUGUGCGUUGAAGAUUUCAUGUCACGUGUCAAAGGUUAUAUUUCUAGUACUUGCACCCUCAAAGACCCAAGUACGGUUCUCAAAGCCGUUCAGAUUGUGAAGAAGAAGAUUAUGGCUGAUGCUGAUCCUGCUGUUCAUCAACAGUUGGAAAACAAUACUGUACCAACUAAUGAAGAAGGGACGUCUGAAUGCGAGAUUGCAACCACCUUUAACCUGCCAGAACAAGAUGAAAUCUGCCUCACACCGCCGGACUGUGAAAAUACCAAAACUGAAGACUGCUGGUUUGCGACUCCUAUGAACCAGCCAGAACAAGAACAGAAAAAUAUGGACGAUGUUAACUUCUGCCUCACAACACUAUGGGAAGAUAUGAAAACGGGAGAAUGUGCUAGGAACAGAUCUAAGAGAAAGCUCGCUCAGCUUUAACAUCAGUGUUAGUUUUGGUUAUUAAUUAUGUUGCUGCCUUCCACAUACAUGCUUUGGCAUAAACCGACCAAUGGGUUCAGAAGAUGGUCAAGAGUGCUAUGUCGUUGA